CCAAUAGCAUGAAGAUAUCUCAAAUCGAGUUUCAUUUGAUCCUCAGUAUUUUUAUCCGUGUGCAGUGUCUUUUCGACCCAAAAAGCACUUCCACUGCGAAGAUCUUGCCGAGAGCCGGAGGAUGCAGCCCAACAAUGGGAAUCGGCUAAGAGUGUUUUGAUUAAUGCCAGUUUUGACAGCUGAUAGGACAUGCAGAUGGAGAGGGUGGGAUGGAAAAUAGCUGACUCCAUUGAUGGGGAAGCCAACUGGCAGCUGUCUAACCAGACCUUCAAACGCUUGACAAGUGAUUAGACUAUUGAGAUGCUCUUACCCGUUGCUCCUAGAACUUUGUUCAAAUCUUUACAAUAAUGUGCUCAACUAUAAACUUGGUUCGAAUCAAAGCAAUCAUUUCAUUGGACACUAUAUUUCAUUACACUUUGGACCUACUUUACUCUACUUUAGGUGACCCACCAAGCUCCAAGCUCAACAUGCUCGACGACCUUAGUGGCCCACUGAGAACGGGUUGCGCGAUUUUCGCCCAAAACGAAAGUUAGUUACACCACAGCCGCAACCCGAUUCCAGGUGCCCAACUUCAGCACUCCAGCACUAUAAAGUGACAGAUUCGGAGUGGCAGGCUGGCCAUUUCACAGUCAUUUGCCGCACUAAAUGGAGGUGCCUUGGAUUAUCGUUUCACUUUGGACUAGGGCUAUCUUGGGACAAAGUUAUUUGGCGGCCGAGCACCAGCAUCGUCCACUUUGGAUCCUGGAGGAUGGGCCAGCCAAGAGGCACAGACAGAACCGCCCGGAAGCCGAUUAUGAGACCACCACCAGGAUGCCCGCGCUGAUGGCCAGAAGGCAGGGAAGAGGUGGUGGCCAGGAGGCGAAAUCCGGCUCCAUUACCUUUCUGGUUAGACAUGAAGAUCGGGAGGCACAGGCUCCGCCGCCGCCACCGCCAAAAUUGCCCUCCAUACCUCAGCGACGGUUUAUGAUGCCCCACCAUCUCCAGCUGCCCCAUCGGUACGUACAACCAGUGCAAAGAACCAGAAGCCACCGGCGAGGAGAACGUCGCCAGCUGCCCGUCUUCGAUAAUGGACCUGGCGAGAACUCCCUGCAAUCGGGUAUGCGCGACUACCCCAUUUUCGUGUACAAUGGAACGAGGGGGGAGCUGAUUGUCAACACCAUGCUGAGCAGGAGGCGUUAUCCCAUGCAGGAGCCAGUCCCAGGCCAAGUCCUCUAUCCACCAUCGACCCCCAUGUUCAGGCCGAAGCCGAUUGUGGAGCGAUUCCGCUUCCCAGGACAACGGGAGCUUAUGAACCUCACGCUGAUUCCCUUUUACGCCCAAGAGGCCAUCAGUGAUCCUGCCCUAACUAGCUCCUCCACUCAGGCACCCACCAUCUCCACCUACACCUACACCUCCACCACGCCCAUACCAUCACCAUCGCCCUACGAAACACAGCUGCCCAGAAUCGAGGGAGUGCGGACGCUGGGAAAGCGGAAAAGAAAGAAGGCCAAGCAAUACGAGGCUUUCCAUUCCCCGCAAGAAGUGAUGCAGUGGCAGCCAGUGCUGCGACGAUCCAUUGGCCACAACGACAAUCAUCGCCAUCACUCCAGCGAGGAAGUGGAGACGGACGAGCAGAAGGAGUUGGUGGCUGUCGGCGAUGGUGUGGAUGAGGCACUCGAGGAACAGGACUGGCUGACGGCACAGGAAGCCGAGAUGGAGGUGGAACUACCUCCAGAACUACCCACAGAAACAUCUACCGCCAGCAGCAGCGAGCCCUUCCAGAUCGUCUACAUCGAUGAGAGUUUGGAGCGGCCAGCCCCGGAAGCUCUGAGUCCCACAACUCCGCCGCCGCCUUUGCGACAGAGCUCUCGAUAUGCCCUCAAAAAGGAGUACUUUGCAUUCCCGGUGUACACCCUGGGUAAACUGCUCCAGCCGCAAACGCCGAAUCCCUCCAAGAAUCUGCUGGAGAAGAGCGAUCGCGCGGCAAGGAGCUCCUUGGAAAGGGAGCCCAGCACCUGGUUUAUACUGAACUCACGUUACAAGGGACCCUACCACCGAUCACAUGGAACGGACACGCAGACCAAAUACUACACUUCCAAGUACAUAGAGAACGGCUUGCGACCUCGUAGAUAGUGCGGAUAAUCAGUCAGCACUUGGGAGUUGUUAAUAACUAAAUAUGUUCGAGAGAAAGAAGUCACCCCGCAGAUUAUCACUGUGCUCCGAAACGAUCAUUAACGCCUCUCCUCACAAAUAAAGCCUUCAGAAAAGA